AAGAAAGAAAGAAAGAAAGAAAGAAAGAAAGAAAGAAAGAAAGAAAGAAAGAAAGAAAGAAAGAAAGAAAGAAAGAAAGAAAGAAAGAAAGAAAGAAAGAAAGAAAGAAAGAAAGAAAGAAAGAAAGAAAGAAAGAAAGAAAGAAAGUUGAAAUCCAGCUAUGGUCUUUUCAGAAUAUGCAUUUUCCACGAACUUUUUGAAAACCCCUUGUAUCUUUCAGGGUUUUAAUUUCCUUGCGGGGCUACAAGCUCAGGGGUCGUCCUUGGCUGGUGAUCAUGGUUAUGCUUGUGUUUCCCUGAAGUUGGUUGUGAGGUCUGGAAGUCACUCACCUGCAGACUGGCUCAACGCAAAGUCCCCGAGGGGCGUGGCCAGCUGUUCUGCAGCUGAGGGGGAAAACGGGAAGUUGUCCGGGCCGGCGUUGCAGAGAGCGAGAAAUCGAAACUCAGCUGUUAAAACCGCUGCCCCAGUCCUUUGGAAUCGCUUUGGAAACUCGCUAGGCGACCCAGCCCUCAACCGUCCCGCAGCGGCUGCGCUCACGAGUCCUAGGUUGGGAGCCAUGGGCACACGCAGUAGGGUGCUGGGCUCUGGGCUCCGCGAAUCGCCAGCUUCUCGCCCGGCCCAGGACCCCAGUGAGCGGCACGCGGAGCACAGCCCCCUGCAGGACCAGAGACGGGGUUUGGAGGCGGCGCCCGGGAACGCAGCAGCGCGGGCCACCCCGCAGCACGCGGGCCCCAGCCACACAGGAGCAUAUACCUUGAUAGCACCAAAUGAACACCGGAGAAACCAGAUACAAAGGAUUGCUGAGCAAGAGCUGGCAAACCUGGAGAAGUGGAAAGAACAGAAUAGAGCUAAGCCGGUGCACCUGGUGCCUAGGCGGCUAGGUGGGAGCCAAUCUGAGACUGAAGUCAGGCAGAGACAGCAGUUCCAACUGAUGCAAUCCAAACACCAGAAAAAGCUGAAAAGAGAAGAAUCUGCAAGGAUCAGGAAGGAAGCCGAAGAAGCUGAACUCCAAAAAAUGAAGGCAGUUCAGAGAGAGAAGAGCAAUAAACUAGAGGAGAAAAAACGACUUCAAGAAAGCCUUCGAAGAGAAGCAUAUAGAGAACAUCAUCAACACAAAACUGCUGAGUUCUUGAGCAGACUGGAUGCAGAACUGCCAAACAGAAGUGCUUGUCAAAUUGCUCCCCGUGACCCACAAUCCUCAGCAUGGAUAUUUCCUGUCCUUCCUAGGGAUCACAGUUGGGCCAGAAGUCAGGCUUAUAAGGAUUCUCUCAGGGAGGAAGAAAACCGGAAAUUACAAAGGAUGAAAGAUGAACAGCGUCAGAAGAAUGAAUUACUGGAACUUAAGCGACAGCAGCAAGAGGAAGAAAGAGCCAAAAUGCAGCAGUCUGAACACAGGAGGGUAAAUAAUGCUUUUCUGGACCGACUCCAAGGCAAAAGUCAACCAGGUGGCCUCGGGCAGUCUGGAGGCUAUUGGAAUAUGAAUAGCGGUAACAGCUGGAAGGUUGAAAAGAGAGGAGUGGGGAGAGAAAGAGAAGAUAGAAGUCUUUGAACUGGCAAAAUCCAACAAACCAUUUGCUGACCUGGAAACUUUAGGCGAGGUCACAUUUUAAUAAAUACUUGAGGGACAAAAGAUCAUUUUUUGACAAUACUGUCUUCCAUCUGUGAGAAAUCUUACAUGCAUUGUUCUUCAAAAGGAAUCGAAGAAUGAAAAAUAAUGGAUAGAUUUUCCAAAAGUAUAGAAAUUGAAGAUAAUUGAACAUAAAUGAAUUUGCAGAGAAUACAUCCUGAAUCUGUCUAUGCAUAACUUUCACUCAUUUGUUUCACUAUAGACAAGAGAGAGAAAGUGAUGGAAGCACAGUAUGUUUGCAGUGUAUGAUGCAAUAGACACGUUAUUGAUUUAUUUAUGAGAACGUGAUUAGGAGCUAUGUAAAAAAUGAGGCAAAGUGAGUUGAAGACAUUGGUCAAGUUCAUACAACUCAGUUGUGAAAUAUGAUUGCAAUUCAGAUUUUGGUGAGUACUUGGUGGAAACUCACUAUAUAUUUGUCCAUUCUCGUCUACUUUAAUAACCUCUACAAUUUAGAAAGUAGCUACGAAAGUGUCUGGGCACGUGGGAACGUGAUGGGAGAGCAUGAUUGCAUAUUGCCAGGGCUUCUGCUAAGGAAAUAUUAAUUUGGUCGUGUGGCUCACCAUUGGUUUCUGGUAGGCUGUGGAUGGUGAGCUACAAAUCUCUACUUACAUUCCUAAGGAUUUUGUUUUCUCAUGAGGUAGUAGUGAGGAUGACUGGGUGCUUUUCUUAGCAGCAUGGGCACUUCCAAAGCCCAGAUAUCUGUUCAUCAGAGAAUACCAUACAAAAGUUAGAAGAGAAACCAUAAACCAACCUUUUAUUCAGGUCAUGUUUUGUAAAUAGCAAAUGGGCCAAAGUUGGUGUUUAGAAUAUAUUAAAAAAUGUGUCAUUAAUUUAGAUGUUGGUAGUUGAGGUUGGAGCUUCCCUGAGGAAUGAGAGAAGAGAGCUAUUCCUCAAAUCACAUCUGAGGCUUGCAGGAAAUAUUGACCCAGUAAAAAGCCGAAGACAGAAGAGAGGAGGAAGGCAGAAAAUAUGCUAUAAUUAGGUUGAAAACCAAGGAAAGAAUCAGUUGCGUCUUGCAAUGUCAUAUAGACACUUGCAGAAUCAGUGUGUAUGUUGAGUUAACAGACUGGAUUAAUUUUUGUUUUUGUUUUAAGAUUUAUUUAUUUAUUUGAAAGGCAGAGUUUUAGAGAGAUAGAGGUAGAGGCAGAGAGAGAGAGAGAGAGAGAUCUUCCAUCUGCUGGUUCACCCCCCAAUUGGCUGCAACGGUUAGAGCUGGGCUGAUCCAAAGCCAGGAACCAGGAGCUAGGAGCUUCCUCCAGAUUUCCCAUGCAGUUGCAGGGACCCAAGGAUUUGGGCCAUCUUCUGCUGCUUUCCCAGGCCAUAACAGAGAGCUGGAUGGGAAAUGAAGCAGCUGAGUCUUGAACCGGUGCCCAUAUGGGAUGCUGGGACUGCAGGCAGCAGCUUUACCCACUAUGCCACAGCAUCGUCCCCUACUUUUUGUUUUUUGAAACAUAUGUAUUUUAUAUCACAGUCUGAUCAUAUUCAAUCUAUCCACUUAUUCUUUAAUAGGUUAAGAUGCCUCUAUACUUUAAAGAUGUAUUUUGAUUUUCUAAAGUCCCCUGUUAGUUUUCCUGAGGCACCUAGGGUGAGAUCACUUUCAGUGAAAUUUUCUCCCAUCCCAGUAGGUGAGAACUUUUGAGACACUGUGAGAGUUCUCAGUCCUCUAUCUUCAAGGACAGGUAAGCACUGGCCGUGACCUAGGAGGCAACCUGGGAUUUUAGUCGAAAGCAACAGCAGGACUCUGUAUCCCACACGUAGCUUGGCUGAGCAGUGCAGAAGGUCGGAUGGAGAUUUCAUGACCCUGUGCGUCUGGUGGAGGUGGGGACUCAUUAGCCUGUCUCCCUGCCUCAACGUCCUCUUGGAAGUCACCUUCCCGUGGCGUAAUACAGUGCAACGCUGCUACUCCACUCAUUUCCAUUUAAAUUGCUCUGCUCCGCGAUGUGGUCACGCUGUCCUUGCCAUGAAUGUGGAGGUAGGUGACAACACAUGAACGCCCCCUUCUUCCUGACCCGUGUGAACCUGUCUCCAACACAGCCAAUGAGACAUCACUUGAGAAGCCAUUACAUUCUUCACACGCUGCUUUGUGAUCCAAAGGCAGUGUCUCGAGAAUGAAGUCAUUUUGCUGGUCCUUUAAGUCAUUAAAAAAAAAAAACCAAAACUCAUUUUAACCUGAUGCAGGAGGCGCAUUCUGCAACUGGAAGGAACUUCGUUUUGAACUACAAAGAUUUGGGAUUCUAUGUCGCUGUCGGUGGGUGGUAACUUUUGUUUUGUUUUCC